GGAAGAGAUGUUAACUGGCCGACUGCCAGGUAGAUAUUCAACAGAGGAUGCUAGCUGUGCCCAUGUCUGACACGACAAAAGGACAGCAACUCCUGAAUAACUGGAGCAAAGAUGAAACCACAUGCUUUAUCGAGGACAUUAAGACAUCAGACUGAGAGCCUGUAGCCAUGGAUGGGCAUGUUGCCAAAAACAAUGAAAGCACCUUCCCCAGCUUUGUGGAUCUGGAUGACUUUCUCACCAAGCACAACUCAAACUUCAUCUGGCUCCUUGUUGCCACCAUUCUGUCCUGUGGAUGGAUCAUCUAUUUAACCUAUUACAACUCCCGCAACAUCGGCCUCAUCCUCACCCUCAUUAUCAACAGACUCUACAAGGAUGGCUACAUUCACAUCGGCUCCUUCUCCUUCUCUGUGCUAUCUGGGAAAGUCAUGUUCAGAGAUGUCUACUACAUCAACCAAGACAUGUCUAUCAGGAUACAGGAUGGCUUUCUCAUAUUUCGCUGGUGGAAAAUGUAUAAUCCAAAACAGAAACAGCAUGACCCCAAGGCAGAGACCAGGCUUUACGUGACGGUUAAUGGCUUUGAGUUUCACGUCUACAACCGGACUGACCUCUACGCCCGCCUGCAGGAGACCUUUGGACUGGAACCCACGCUUUUAACACCCAAAAAAGAUGAAGAGAGGGGACGAGAAGACAGAAAUAAAACCUUAGAAAGCGUGAACAUCAAAGCAGAGAGUCAAGACCCCACGUCGUCAUGGCGCUCCCUCAUCCCUGUCAUCAAAGUCAACAUCAGCACUGGUCGCUUGGCAUUUGGGAACCACCACCUCCCUCAGACUCUAUGUGUGAACUUUGAGGACGCCUUCCUUACAUAUGCCACCAAGCCCCCAUCCAGCCACUUGGACCAGUACAUGCACAUCGUCAAAGGCUCAUUGGAAAAUGUGCGCGUCAUGCUGGUUCCUAGUCCACGCUACUUGGGCAUGCAGAACGAUGAACCUCCCAGACUGAUGGGUGAAGGCUUUGUGGUGAUGCAGUCCAAUGAUGUUGACAUCUAUUACUACCAGGAUGAACCUGGACUGGUCCCUGUGGAGCAGGAGAGUGGAGAAGAGGCAGAGACGUGCAGCGAGGGUGAUAAGCUCCAGGAUUUACCUCCAUGUUGGGGUCUGGACAUUGUCUGUGGAAAAGGAACUGACUUCAACUAUGGGCCUUGGGCAGAUCGCCAGAGGGACUGUCUGUGGAAGUUCUUUCUUCCGGCUGACUACCAGGCCAUGAAAGUGACCGAGGUUGCCCAACCAGGAAAACCUAGGCAGAUCCAGGCCUUCGAGCUCCGCAUGAACAUCAUUGCUGACGCCACCAUCGAUCUGCUGUUCACCAAAAACAGGGAAACCAAUGCCAUCCAUGUGAAUGUAGGUGCAGGCUCUUACUUGGAAGUCAACAUCCCCAUGACUGUAGGAGAGAAUGGCUACUCUCCUACCAUCAAAGGUCAGCUACUUCACGUGGACACUACAAGCAGCAUGCAGUACAGGACUCUUCUGGAGGCUGAGAUGUUAGCUUUCCAUGUGAUAGCCAGUUACCCUCGGGUGUGGAACAUGCCUCAGUCAUGGCAGUGUGAGAUUGAGGUGUACAAGGCCACCUACCACUUCAUCUAUGCCCAGAAAAACUUCUUCACUGAUUUGAUACAGGACUGGGCGAGUGAUAGCGCUCCAGACAUCUACUCUUUUGUGCCCUAUUCAUGGAAAUUCAAGAUCCUUUUCCACCAGUUUGAGAUGAUCUGGGCAGCAAACCAGCACAACUGGAUUGACUGUUCCACCAAGCAGCAGGAGAAUGUGUACCUGGCAGCUUGCGGCGAGACGCUCAAUAUAGACUUCACUUUGCCUUUCAAUGAAUUUGUUCCAACCACCUGCCAUACCCGCUUCAGCUUGAAGGCGGAGGAUACAGACAUGCGACUGUCCCUGCCAGAGUGCCACCCGAGUCGCUAUCCCCUCCUCACCCUGGCCAAAGACUACCAGAACGUCAAGCUGCCCCCGGACAUGUUCAUGCCAGGGGAGAAUCAAGGUGCUCCCCCUCCCAAACCCAGCAAGUCUCGCUGGAGGAACAUCACCCACGCAGAAGCUGGCUGGGUGGAUUGCUGGAGUGUACCCAACUUCUUACUCAUCAUUGACUACACCUGGCAUCCCAUCUAUCCCCAGAAGGCUGAUGAGCAGCUCAAACAGUCAUUGUCCGAGAUGGAAGAAUCCAUGUUGUCAGCUCUGCGUCCCCCAGAACAUACAUCUGUACCCCACAAUGCCCCGCCACGCUUCACCACGUCCUCCUCAGCUGCUCACAGCCGGGUGCCCACUGACCCCUCAGAGCUGCCUCCUGAUAGGCUUCACGUGGAGAUGGAAAUGUCCCCAGAUUCUCAGAUCAUCCUCUAUGGGCCUUUGCUCCGAGCACUGAUUUCCAUCAAGGAAAACUAUUUUGGUGAGGAUGACAUGUACACAGACUUUGAGGAGGCGGUGUCCAGCCCUGUGUUGUCCACCUCGACCUCUUCGGGCCUCGGCUGGUCUCCUCUGGGCAUGGAAGACCGUGAACAGAAGGAAGCCUCAGACCUCCACCCCCUGGACCUGCGCCCCUGGGACAUCACUGUGCUCAUCAACCUGUACAAAGUCCACGGCCGACUGCCAAUGCACUGCAGCAGCGAGGGUCCUGAAGGUCCGUCUGGCUUCUUAGAGCGCCUGUGUUUUGAGAUGAAGAAGGGUUACAAGGAGACGAUGCUUCAGCUGCUCCUGUCUCCCAUUCACAUCUUCGUCAGUGACAACUACCAGCGUCCCACAGCAGAUGGGGUCUUGAGGGACGGCCACCUAAGUCUGUCUGGCCUGCAGAUGAGGGCCCAUGCCAUGUUUUCCGCUCAGGGCCUUCCUCUUGGCAGUGAUACGCUGGAGUACGCCUGGCUCAUUGACAUGCAGGCUGGGGGGCUCACCGGCAGGGUCACUGUUCCACAGCUGGCCAGUAUGAUAGAGUGGGGUGAAACUUUCCUUUUCCACGUGGUGUCCCGAGAGUUCCAGCUAGAACAGCCCAAGCCCUCUGUCAUCUGCCAGCACGGCGUCGACCGUCGCAUCUGCGAUGCCAAGAUGAGCUGCCUGCCAGGUCACUGUCGCACAUCAGAGGAACUUAAGUACACCAUGACCCGACUGGCCAUGGACGGAGUUGACCUCUUCAUUGUGGAGCAUGGCUGUGCUGCCAAUGUCAAGACGAGUAUCAUCCGCGUAGCUAACUGCAACCUGCACAACCAGGCAGUGGGGGAGGGCAUCAGUGCCGUGGUUCAGGACGUAAACAUCCGGCAGUACAUCGAGCAGCAGCAGCACAACGAGGCAACCAGGCUGCAGCCGGCUGGACAGGGUCAAGGUCCGGGUCAGCCGUUAGGUCUCAGUCAGCCCCCUUUGCUGCGACGAUCUGUCUGGCUGGAGGCGGGUUCAGUCAACCUGAACCUCAUCACAGCAGACAUCGCCCUGGCCGCUGACCACCCAGCCAAAUGUGAAGUCCAGAGGCAUUUUUUGGAACUACACGAUGCUCAGACCAAAAGGCUCUGGUUCCUGUGGCCAGAGGAUGCCAGCAUUCGGAACAAGCGCAGCAGGAACCGCUGCGGCUGCCUCGGAGGCUGCAGGUUCUUUGGAGGCACCAACAUGGGCUUGGACUUCUUCAGGCUUGAGGAGCUGACGCCGUCGUCCUCGUCUGCAUUCUCCUCCUCCAGCACUGAGUCAGACAUGUGUUACGGCCAGUCCUUGCUACAGCCUGGGGAGUGGAUCAUUACAAAGGAAACACCCAAAGUGGAUGGGAGAGUUGUCGGGCUGAAAACAGACACACACUCACCAUGCCUGCCUCCUGAGCUGCCCGAGAGGCGGGGUCAACAGCACCUCAGUCUCCAGGUGCCCCAACGCUCCCACAGUUCCGCCUCCUCGUCAGAAGAAAACAGUUCGUCCAGUGCAGCGUUGCCCCUGCUGGCUGGAGAGAGGGACACCCCCUCGCCAAGCACAGAGGAGCGCAUGUUCCCCAUGAACGGCAAAAGCCCUGCUGACACCCUAGGGGAGGUCCCAGAGGUCUCACCAGUCUCACCCAACAGCUCCCAGGACCGCUCCUCGGUGCGCUCACCCCUCUGCUCUCCUCUCAAACGCCAGUCCUCUGUACACUCAGGUCGGCUGGGCAGCACCAAGAGCCUCUCAGCUGCCGUGUUCACCGACAAGCCUCCCCCAGUGCUGUCCGGAGGCGUCCAGUUCAGCAGCGAGGUUUCCCGCAGCGACGAGAAUGUCCUGGACUCGCCUCGUCAGCGAAGAAGCUACGGCUCCUUCCCCUUCACGCCCUCAGCCGACUCCAACACUUUCCAUCAGUACCGCUCGGCCGACUCCAGCAUGUCCGUGGCUGACAGUGAGGCCUAUUUCUCCGCUGCUGAGGACUUUGAGCCAAUCAGCAGCGCUGAUGAAGGUCCGGGAACAUACCCGGGGCGCAAGAAGAAGAGGAGGCAGCAGAUGCAGCAGCCACAGCAGCCCCCAUAUCACAUGGAGAACUACAGCCGGAGCUCCAUCUACCACAGCGUUGAGGGUCCCCUCACCUAUGUUCUCAAUGGGGAACUGAUCACUGAGCCACGUCCCCUGCCGCUGCCUCCGACCCUGCCCCCGCUCCCGCCCCAACCCCUGCCCAGCCACACAUCUCAGGCCUCUUUCGUCUCAGCCCUGGCCAUGGAAGAGGAGAGCUCGGUGGAGGCAGAGAAGACGGCCGAACCUGGACCAGUCACGAGACAGCCUCAUGUCAUGGCAUGCUACCAGAACUACCUGGCCCAUUACCAGGUCUCAAAUUGGUCUGUCAAGCAGCCUACCAAUAAGAGGACCUCCAAGUCAUCUCUGCACCGCCCCUUAGAUUUGGACACACCCACCAGUGAAGAGAGCUCUGCUUCCUUUGACCAGCUCUCUGUGCCCAGCUUUAAGGUGAUAAAGCAGGGACUGGCAGCCAGUUCUUUAUUGGACAGAGGAAUUCAGCUGAUGGGAGAGAAUAACAGUACACCAUAUACCCCCCUGGAUAAGAGAGCCAUGGAGAACACAGAUGAGGACACAACAACAGAUGACUGGACUCUGGAGCAGCCUUUAGCUCAGACCAGGACCACCGCCAUUGUGGAGGUUAAGGGUGCCAUCAAUGUGGUGCUCACGCCCCUUGUGGCUGAAUCGCUGGACAGGUAUAUUGAGUCUAUGGUUCACUUUGCCAGUAUUCGACACCCUGCUGCAAUUCUGGACGACCUGCAUGGGAAAGUUCUCAAUGAAGCCUAUCAGAUCAGCAAGUCUACAGUCACCGAGUCUAGCCAAACAGGCAAGCAGGAGCACAAGCUGUCUAAGACAGAGGGCACGACCCCUGGCUCUACCAACAUCUCCCAAGGCCAGACGGACCUGUCCGUCAAACCAGAUAAUGUGAAAAUCAAGGGCCUCCAAGCCAACGUCUCCAUCCCCAAGGUGAACCUUUGCCUCCUGCAGGCUUCUGUAGAGGAGGGGUCACCGUCUUGCUCCAACAAGUGUGUCACGCAUGUGUCUCUUGUGGCGCUGUGCUUCGACAGGAUUGCAACCCAGUUCAGGAUGAACAGGGGUAUCGUAGAAGAGACUCCAAACACCACAGAACAUGGCCGACCCUCUGUCAUGUUGGAGAAAUACGCCUCGGCCACCAAGAUGCAGCCCCAGUCAUCUGGCUCUCUGCGCUCCAACGCUGGCAUCGAGAAAGGCAAAGAGAUUGCUGCUAGGCUCAACAUCCACCGUAUCCACAGUCAGCUCCGAGGCCUUGACUCCACAGACAUUGGCACAUGUGCCAUCACAGCCAUUCCCUUUGAGAAGUCCAAAGUGCUGUUUGGCCUGGAGGAAAUGGAGGAAUUUUCCCUGGUAGAUGAGACAGACACCCAGGCCACCUCAGGUGAUCUGGGCCGUUCCACAGCAUCUCUUGAGAAAUGGGGCUGGAUCAUGUUUGAAUGUGGCAUCGAGAACCUCACAGUCAAAGGGGGCCGCCAGUCAGGAGCCAUUCUUUACAAUGCUUUUGGUGUGAUGGGACGCUCAGACACUGGGGGGAAGACAGGGACGUCUAAAUCCAACGGUUCGACAGGCUCUCAGACAGGAAGUGGUUACAGUACUGACGUCUCUGAUGACAACCUGGCACAUGACACUAUGAGCCCUGCCUCUGAUGUCAACGAACACUCGGACUCAGACGACCAAGAUGAAGGGGUCGAGUCAGACGACCUGAAGAAAGACCUCCCCCUCAUGCCCCCACCACCUGACUCCAGCAGCAUGAAGCUGACCAUCAGAGAGAUCUGGUUCAGUUUUGCUGCUCCCACCAACGUGCGCUCACCUUCACAGGCCAUCUCCAGGCAGCUGAAUCUGCUCAGCACAGCCACGCCUGCCAUCGGUGCCUGGCUGGUUCCCAUCGACCAGCUCAAAUCCUCUUUACGCAAACUGGACAUGGAGGGCACACUGCGUGUGUGUGCUGUCAUGGGUUGCAUUAUGACAGAAGCUCUUGAGAAAAAGACCAUCCACAUCCCCAUCCGGAGCAAGUACAACCGUGUCACUAAACGAGCUCGCUACCUGCAUGAAAAUCCCUCCUGUAUGCUCUGUAAUAUCCUGCACCGCUACCUGCAGCAGGCCGACUACUCCGUCAUAGAGGAGGCUACCAUGAAUGAUGGGGUCCCAGCCCUUGUUACCCUAAAGAAAGGUCUGGUGGCUCUGGCCAGACAAUGGAUGAAAUUCAUUGUUGUAACUCAGGGCUUCAAGGCUAUUGGUCUGAUGAGGCCCAAUCAGCUUACCAAACCCAAAGAGCCUCAGCAGAGCCUGGGUGAGACUAUCCUGGGCCUGGACAAUGGAGCUGCACUGCAGAGUGACACCAGCGCAGACGGAGCUGAAUUUGAAUUUGACGCAGCCACAGUGAGUGAACACACCAUGUUGCUGGAGGGAGCAUGCAGUCGUCCCCCACCAAAAGAAGCCAACUCUGGUCCUGUCAGUGGAGUGGAGAUCAUGAGGAAACUGUCCAAAUCCCACACACACAGCGAGUCUGCGCUCAGGAUAAAGGGCUCCCAUCCAUACCAGUCGCUGAGCUACACCAGCGGUGACACAGCAGCUGACUCACCGGCCCAUGUGAGCCGCGCAGGCCUGCCAGCCAAGGACAGCCCCAGGAAAGAGAGUCUCCUGAGCAAUCUGACGGGCAGCUUUCGCAGUCUGCACAACCUGCUGGAGGGCACGCCUCAGAGGAACGAGCCAUCUGCUGCCGCCGCGGCCAAGAGCAGCUCCCUCACUCGCACAGGAAACAGCUUAGGGACAGACAUGCUGACAGAGCACCCGCUGCUGUCGGAGCCCUCCUCCGUCAGUUUUUACAACUGGAUGUCCAACGCUGUGGGCAACAGGACUGGGGCUGGGAACCAGGAGUCCCCCGUCAACCGCUCCCAGCACAACAGCCUGCAGACAGGUGGGACGUGUAACCUGCCCACAAUUCCCUCAGCAUCAGACUUCAACACAGUGCUGUCCAGCGACCAGAACACCCUGGAUGGGACCCAUUCCCAGCAUUCUCAGCACAGCACCAGCCAGGACGACAUGGCAGACAUUGAGGAGGGCAACCAGUGUCCAGCUGCUGUUCAGCUGGCUGAUGCUCAGGUUGUUUUCAAGCCUUUGCUGAGCUACACAGGCAUUCAGGCUCAAGACACCACUCCUCUUAGUUACAAGAUGUAUUUUGGAGAGCACCUGUCUUUUUCUGGCAACCUCGAGUGUCUCAGAGCAGACAUCGUCGACUCUGACACCUCCAAAGAGCGCAAAAACAAAAGAUCCAGGAGACAAGGCAUGGUGAACCUCCCUCCGCUGGAGUUCAAGCCAGCACUGCUGAUCGAGACAUUCAGCCUGAAUGCGGUGGUGAUGGAGAAGUCGACCAGCGCUCCUCAGGGCCCCACCGCAGCCCCACUCUCCUUCCAUGACCUCAACCGUCGCCACUACAACACCUUCCACUGCGACUUCACCACAGCCUGCCAGGCCAUCAGCCAGCGAGUCGACAUGGCCCUGGUGCGCCUCAUCCACCAGUUCAGCACCAUGAUCGACGACAUCAAGGCCACGCAGACUGACAUCAAGCUGAGCCGCUACACCGCCGGCUCUGCCUCCCCGACACCCACCUUCAAGGCACGGCCCUAUCGCCACUUCAGGUCGUCAGACUUCAGCCGCAGCUCCCGGGGCAGCCUGAACGGGGCGGGCAUCCGCAGCGGAACCCAAACCCUGAAGAGCAAGAGGGGAGUAAGUGGAGGGGGAGGAGCAGGUGGAGGAGGAGGAGCAGGGGUCCCUGGGGCUUUACCACCUAAUGGACCUCCAUCAGGCAUGGACACGCUGGGGAGAAGGGAGCCUCGAGGACGCAGCUCCCUCGGACGUUCAGAGCGGCGUACUUCCAAGGUGUCGAGGAAAGGCUCCCGUGACGUGGCGGACCACAUGGCAAUCCAGAUGGACGACUCUGACUCCAUCACAGUGUCAGAGCAAAGCGAGCCGUCGGCAGAAUGUUGGCAGAACAUGUACAAGCUGCUCAACUUCUACUCCCUCAUCUCCGAUCCCACUGGCAUCCUGGAGAAAAGCUCCCCAGAGAACUGCCUUUCAGAAGGUGGGCGUCGGCCAUCAGAGCCGCUCUGCAAAGUGAUCUUUGAGAACGAGCAGCAGGACCCCACCACGCCCAACAAGCCCCCGGGUGCAGGCGGGAGGCGACGCAGCCUGGUGAGCUCCGAACCCCAGCACGUCACACUCAUAGUGUUCGGUAUCGGCAUGGUGAACCGCACCCACCUGGAGGCCGACAUCGGUGGGCUGACCAUGGAGGCCGAGCUCAAGAAGAUUCACGGAAGCUUCACUCUGAAGGAGAAGAUGAAAGACAUCCUGCACCAGAAAAUGACAGAGACAUGUGCGUCGGCUCAUAUAGGAGGAGUAAACAUUGUCCUGCUGGAGGGCAUAACUCCUGACAUCCAACUGGAGGAUUUCCCAACAUCUCCCACCAGCACAGCUAAACAAGAGUUUCUAACCGUGGUCAAAUGCAACAUCUCCAAGUCACAGGCCUUAUACAGCGCCCAGCGAGGGCUGAAGACCAACAACGCAGCCGUCUUCAAAGUCGGGGCCAUCAUGAUCAACAUCCCCCAGCACCCGGCCACUUUGCACAGCAUGAUGGUCCGCAGCUCCCACCAGCUCUCCAAACAGAUCUCUGACCUCAUUCGCCAGCCCUCCAAUGUUCAGCCUCCAAACAGAGAGGACACCCCGACGCCGCAACCCUCUGACAAAGCGUCCAGCAUCAAUCAGACUCCCGUAGAGGCCAAUGAAUUCCCACAGCUUCCCGAGGGCCUAGAGAAGAAGCCCAUCGUCCUUAAGUUCAGCGCCAUGAUGGACGGCAUCACCAUCGGGGCCGCCCUCCUGCCCUCGCUGAAAGCAGAGUACAAAAUGGGUCGCGUGAAGAGCCACGGCAUGACCGGGGCACAAACCAGUUUCACCUUUGAGUUGCCAAACCACAAGCUUUGCUUCCAGUCAAAAGUGUCCCCAGUGGACAUGUCCACCAUGCCACCAUCAGCCAGCUUGACGCUGCCUCCGGUCACCAUGUCGGGAGAGUACAUCAUGGAGGACCACGAGAGCCACUCAGACCAGGGCUGGGCGCCGGACGACUUCCCAGCAAAGCAAGGAAACUACCUACAAGGCAACUACCUGCGCUGUGUGGCUGAGAUUGGUUCAUUUGAGCACAACCUGACCACAGACCUGCUCAAUCACCUGGUCUUCCUGCAGAAGGUUUUCAUGAAGGAAGUCAAUGAGGUUAUUCAGAAGGUGUCAGGUGGAGAGCAACCCAUCCCACUGUGGAAUGAGCACGACACCUCAACUGAUGCAGACAAGCCAAAGAUCCUGCUGUAUUCACUCAGCCUCAUGUUCAAGGGGAUCCAGAUGACAGCAACCACUCCUUCCAUGCGAGCCGUGCGCUUUGAGACAGGCCUGAUCGAGCUGGAGCUGUCCAACAGGAUCCAGUGCAAGGCCCAGCCCGGAGGCAGCAGCAGUUAUCUAAAACUGUUCGGCAAAUGUCAAGUAGAUCUCAACCUGGCCCUCGGACAGAUAGUCAAGCACCAGGUGUAUGAAGAAGCUGGCUCAGACUUCCACCAGGUGGCAUACUUCAGAACUCGGAUCGGCCUCCGGAACGCUCUGCAGGAGGAGAUCAGUGGCUCUUCCGACAAGGAAGCUGUACUCAUCACACUCAACAGGCCAAUUGUUUUCGCCCAGCCUGUGGCAUUUGACAGAGCUGUGCUCUUCUGGCUGAAUUACAAGGCAGCGUACGACAACUGGAACGAGCAGCGCUUGGCCCUCAACAAGGACAUCCACAUGGCCACAAAGGAGGUGGUGGACAAGCUGCCAGGCAUCCAACAGACCUCAGCUCAGGCCUUCAGCACCCUCUUCCUGCAGCUGACUGUCAAUGACCUGGGCAUCUGCCUGCCCAUCACCAACACAUCCCAGGCCAACCACAGCAUAGACUUUGAUGCCGGCUCAGCCCUGGUCCUGACCAUCGAGAGCACGCUGAUCACCGCCUGCUCGUCCGAGUCCCUGGUGAGCAAAGGCCACUUCAAGAAUUUCUGCAUCCGCUUUGCAGAGGGCUUCGAGACCUCCUGGGACGACUGGAAGCCAGAAGUGCGAGGAGAUCUGGUCAUGAACGCUUGUGUAGUCCCUGAUGGUACAUAUGAAGUAUGUUCCAGGACUACAGGGCAACCCUCAGCAGAAAGCAGUAGUGCUGGUACCUGGACCCUCAAUGUGCUUUGGAAAAUGUGUGGUAUUGACGUUCACAUGGACCCCAACAUCGGCAAGCGGCUUAAUGCUCUGGGCAACACGCUGACAUCACUGACAGGCGAGGAGGACAUAGACGACAUCGCUGACCUGAACUCUGUCAACAUGGCAGACCUCUCAGACGAGGACGAGGCUGACACCAUGUCACCCACCAUCCACAUGAGUCCAGGGAGCCAGUUCAGCCCUCGGCUGACCUUAAGGAAGCGUCUGGUAAACCACAUCCUAGGCCUCAGCCCCAGGCCUCAAAGUGUAUCUGUCCCUGCCGACUACUUAAACUGUGCAUCGCCUCGCCUCCGAGCAGGCAGUGCCAGGCCCCAAAGACCUCUCUCCUGGGCCUGUGAGACCAUUGACCCCAGAAGGCAGAUGGUGAUGGGGAACCAGGUGAUUGACGCCCGAGGGAGGAAGUUCACCAAAAGGGUGGUGGACAUCAGAGAACUGAACGAACAGGCCAAGGUCAUCGACGACCUCAAGAAGUUGGGGGCCAGUGAAGGAACCAUCAAUCAGGAGAUCCAGCGCUAUCAGCAGCUGGAGUCUGUGGCUGUCAACGACAUCAGGAGAGACGUCAGGAAGAAACUGCGUCGCUCCAGCAUGAGGGCGGCCUCUCUAAAGGAUAAGUGGGGUCUUGGCUACAAACCAAGCUACAACCGCUCCAAAAGCAUCUCAGCAGCAGCAGGCAGACCACCUCUAAAAAGGAUGGACAGACAAAGUUCCAGAAUCGGGGAUGUGGAUGAUUUACCGGAUAUCCGUGUGGAUGCUUCAUCUCCUGGACCCCGGGUCACCUUCAACAUCCAGGACACGAUUAAUAAUCAGGCCUUGGACUCUGCAAAUUCACCUGUCAGUCCAGGAGAGGUAUUCAAGUUUCCUGAGGAGACAGAGGUGGACCUGUUGUCAGUCACCAUUGACGAGCCAUCCCAUCCUCAUCAUUACCUUCAUCUUCAUUCUCCAUCCGUUGUUGAGGGUCAGCGCUCAGUUUUCAGUGCCCCUGGCACCCCUGCUGUCUUCUCACCCACAAUUCCCUUCCAGCAUGACGACAUGAGGCGCGACGACCUGUCCUCAUCCUCCUCCGAAGACUCUGAAAAGGAGGACGAGUUUGAACGCGAGAGACCACCGAGCUAUCGAAGGCCUUUCCAAGCAUCUCACAGGAAGUCCUCAGGCUUUUCUGCUGUGAGUCAGCUGUUCAGCGAGCGCUGGCCGAGCACACCUGCCAACCGCAGCUUCAGUGGCCCAGCAACUGAGAGAAACAUUGACUUUGAGCUGGAUGUCCGUGUGGAGAUCGACAGUGGGAAGUGUGUCCUCCACCCCACUACUCAGCAGCCUGAGCAUGAGGACAUUUCCUUCAGGAGGAGCUGUGAGCGCAGCCUCCGGAGUCUGGACCAGGAGUCUCCCCCCAAGAAGAAGAAGCUGCAGCCCACCUACACCUCCACCACCCAUCUUUUAGCCGGAAAGAAAUGUCCCUCGUCUCUGCAGACCAAAUCUAAUGACAUGGAGACCACAGUCUUCUACAUUCCAGGAGUAGACGUUAAGUUGCACUACAACUCCAAGACCCUGAAGACGGAGUCGCCCAAUGCCUCACGUGGAUCCUCUCUUCCCCGCACACUCUCCAAAGAGUCGAAGCUGUAUGGUAUGAAAGAUAGUGGCCCUCCCAACCCUCCCAAUGCAGUCCAAAGCAAGACUAACUCGCUCCUACCUCCCCCGCCCCCACCUAUUCCAUCAGCCAAAGGUAAGGGCAGUGGAGGGGUAAAGACGGCCAAGCUGUAUGCCUGGGUGGCCCUCCAGACUCUGCCAGAGGAGAUGGUCAUCAGUCCCUGUCUGCUGGACUUCCUGGAAAAAGCACUGGAGACCAUUCCUAUCACUCCUGUGGAGAGGAACUAUGCAGCUGUAGCUUCCCAGGAGGAGGACAUGGGUCAGUUCGAUACAGUGGAACCGCUGGAGGAAUCCACCACCUCCCUGGUCUCCUCGUCCACGUCGGCCUACUCCUCCUUCCCUGUGGACGUAGUUGUCUACGUCAGAGUCCAGCCCUCUCAGAUCCGCUUUAGCUGCCUGCCCAUGUCCAGGGUGGAGUGUAUGCUCAAACUGCCCUCUUUAGACCUUGUCUUCUCCUCUAACCGUGGAGAGCUGGAGACCCCAACGGGUGCCCACCCCACCGAUGGAUCGCACCCACCCUCCUCAACCCCGCCGGGGCAACAUAUCCCCAAACCACCUCCCAGCAAAGCAUCUCCGUUGCUGGGGAGCCCUCUGGGCAGGAGCCGCCACAGCAGCAGCCAGUCCGACCUCACCGGGCCCCCAAGUAACUCCUCGGGCCUCAGCUUCACCGCAUGCAUGUCUGACUUCUCCCUCUACGUUUUCCAUCCCUACGGCGCCGGCAAGCAGAAAUCUGCUGUCACAGGGUUGCCUCCGGGCCCAGGGCCAUUAGGGACAGUAGAUGAGGAGCCGUCCUCCGUAACAGGAAGAAAAGACUCUUUGAGCAUCAACCUGGAGUUUGUGAAGGUCAGCUUAUCCAGGAUGAGGCGAACCGGAGGCCCCACAUUCAUCGAAAGCUUCAUUCCUGCUAAAGGUGGCAAAAUGGACACCACCCUCAUCAACAUCUCAGCUGUGUGUGACAUUGGCUCGGCUUCCUUCAAAUAUGACAUGAGAAGACUGAGCGAGAUCCUGGCCUUCCCCAGAGCCUGGUACCGGAGAAGUAUCGCCAGGCGCCUCUUCCUUGGAGACCAGACCAUCAACCUGCCAGCCUCUGGCCCCGCCACCCCCGACUCAGCCGAAAACGUCACCCAACAUCUGUCCCCCGAGUCCAGCCGGAAAGCUUACUGGAGGACAUGGGACGGCAGCACUGGGACACAGCACAUGCCCCAGUCCCCCAACGUCUUUUCAGAGCACUCCACCGGAAGCAACAUGUCCCCGGGCAGCUUGGGCCACCUCAAGUCCCCCGCACCUGGUCGCACCAGGAGUGUGUCUGAUUCCUCUGCUCCAAGGAGAGAUUCAGUGACAAAGACAUCCACUCCGUCCUUCAGUAAAAACGGCAAAGCAGCAGGCCAGCAGGGGGCACCGUGGGAGACAUUGGUGGUGUUCGCCAUCAACUUGAAACAGCUCACCGUCCAAAUGAACAUGAGCAACGUAAUGGGAAACAAUACCUGGACGACCAGUGGGCUGAAGAGUCAGGGCCGGCUCUCUGUCGGCAGCAACCGGGACCGAGAGAUCAGCAUGUCUGUAGGCCUCGGCCGCUCCAAACUUGACUCCAAGGGCGGGGUGGUGGGUGGCAAUAUAGACGUGAACACCCUGGAGAUGGUCUCCCACAUCUCUGAACACCCGAACCAGCAACCCAGCCAUAAGAUCCAGAUCACCAUGGGCUCUACGGAGGCAAGGGUGGACUACAUGGGCUCCAGUAUCCUGAUGGGAGUGUUCAGUAACGCUGACCUGCAGCUGCAGGAUGAAUGGAAGGUCAACCUGUGCACUGUUGACACCAGCCUAUCAGAGAAAAGCGAGAUCUUCGUCCACGGAGACUUGCAGUGGGACAUUUUCCAGGUGAUCAUUUCACGCUCCACCACGCCAGACCUCAUCAAGAUCGGCAUGAAGCUGCAGGAGUUUUUCACUCAGCAGUUCGACACCAGCAAGCGCGCCCUUUCCACCUGGGGCCCCGGCCCCUACCUGCCCCCCAAAACCCCUGUCAUCAACACUGAGAAAGGAGGUGCCGAGCUUUACAUGGACGCAGCCCAUCACCGCCACUGGCCCGGGGUGCUGAAGGUAAUCGCCGGCUGCCACAUUUCCCUCUUCCAGAUGCCUCUGCCUGAGGAUGCCGUGCAGCUGGGCGGUUCAAUGAGCCUCCAUGGCAAUCACAUGACCCUGGCCUGCUUCCACGGUCCCAAUUUCCGCUCCAAAUCGUGGGCGCUGUUCCACCUGGAAGAACCCAACAUCGCCUUCUGGACGGAGGCUCAAAAGAUCUGGGAGGACGGCUCCAAAGAUGAUUCUACCUACAUUGUUCAGACACUGGAUUUCCAUCUCGGUCAUAACACUAUGGUAACAAAACCAUGUGGUGCACUCGAAAGCCCAAUGGCCACUAUAACCAAAAUAACUCGCCGACGGCAUGAAAACCCUCCUCAUGGUGUUGCUACGGUCAAAGAAUGGUUCAACUACGUUACUGCCAUGAGGAACGAAGAGCUGAACUUGCUCAGGAACGUGGAAGCCAACAACCAAGAGAGCGGAGUGGCUGCCAAGAGCUCCAGUCUGCUGAGCAGCUUCCGCAGCUCCUCCAGCUACAACCAUGAAACAGAAACCAUCUUUGCUCUUCCCAGAAUGCAGCUGGACUUCAAGUCCAUCCACGUACAAGAUCCAGAUGAACCUUCUCUGACAGACUCCAACAGUAAACCCAAGGUGGAGUGCAGCGUUGUGACAGAAUUCACUGACCACAUCUGUGUCACCAUGGACGCUGAGCUCAUCAUGUUCCUUCAUGACCUGGUGUCGGCCUACCUGAAGGAGAAGGAGAAAGCCCUUUUCGCCCCGCGGAUGUUCGCGGCUCGCCCAGGACAGAAGAGCCCCACGGCCCUGCACGACGAAAGCUCCUCGGACAAGGACAAGGACAAGGACGAUGGAAUCAACUACACCACCGUGGACUGGAGGGAGUUCAUGUGCAACACCUGGCACUUGGAGCCGACUCUCAGGCUCAUUUCCUGGACAGGACGCAAGAUUGACCCAGUGGGUGUGGACUACAUCCUGCAGAAACUUGGCUUCCACCACGCUAGGACUACAAUUCCCAAGUGGCUGCAGAGGGGUGUGAUGGACCCGCUGGACAAGGUGCUGUCAGUGCUCAUCAAGAAGCUGGGCACAGCCCUGCAGGACGAGAAGGAGAAGAAAGGCCGUGACAAAGAGGAACACUGAGGAAACACUCGUACCACUGUAAUCAGAGCUACAUUCACACAGGUCACACAAACACUGGAUUACUGUAUUACAACAGCUACUACUGUACAACGCACUUGUCAAAAUGCCCAUUUUACCUGCUAAACCCUGUGAAUUUCAGUAUAGUUGUUUACUGUGGUGCAUGCCACUAGCGGCUCAGACCGAAGCGUUUUGCACCGAUGUUAUUUUCUGUAUAUUUUGAACAAAGUAGCAAAUGUUAGUAUUAUUUGACUGCUUUAAUGGAAAAACCCUGCCUCUUUUACCUGUUGUAAAUGACCUUACUGAAAAAUCGCUUGAAAGUUUAUUUUAAGGCUUACCAAUAUUUCAUGAGAAAUGAUUUCUUAAACCAUUGCCUUUUCUUUGUUUCCCAUGGAACACAUGGUAGAUAAUGCUUUAUGUAUUUUAUAGCGUAGUUUUAUGAUUAUUUAAGAACAGUUCAGUGACAGUGUUCUUGAUUUUUUUUUUUUUUUCUUGAGGUGAACAAAUAAAUACUGGGAGGUUAUGGCACAUCAUUCACUCAGCUGUGUGGAUGACAUAAACUUGUAAUUAUAAUUUGAACCAAGAUCAUUAUUUAUGGGUAUGUGAAAAGCAGAGUCUAUAACAUGUAUUCGCUUGGUGUGUCAAGCUUAUUUUUGUCUUUUUUUAAUCCAUACAUUAGAACCAGUGUAUAUAAUUAAAUUUCUUAAAUGUGUUGAUUUCCUAACUUAAUAAAAAUAUUGCCAUGCAAUUUUAGACAAA